CAUCGACGCACGGUAUUCACGGUAUUUUACGUCACAUAUGACAUGACAGAUCAGAAGUUUUUGAUUUUCUUAAGAAAUUGUUAGUCUUGUCGAUUUGUUUUUGCAUUAAACAUUAAAUAACAAUGGCUGGAUCAGCGUUACGAAGACUUAUGGCCGAAUAUAAACAGCUAACAUUGAAUCCUCCGGAGGGUAUUGUGGCUGGUCCGAUCAGUGAAGACAACUUUUUCGAAUGGGAAGCCUUAAUAGCCGGACCUGACGGAACCUGUUUUGAAGGUGGCGUAUUUCCAGCGCGUUUGGUAUUCCCACCUGAUUAUCCGUUAAGUCCACCGAAGAUGAAAUUCACCUGCGAAAUGUUUCACCCCAAUAUUUUCUCGGAUGGACGGGUCUGUAUAUCGAUUCUUCAUGCACCAGGUGAUGAUCCAAUGAAUUAUGAAUUGUCAUCGGAACGCUGGAGUCCAGUACAAAGUGUAGAGAAAAUACUACUCAGUGUGGUGUCAAUGUUGGCUGAACCGAACGACGAAUCCGGUGCUAAUGUGGAUGCAGCGAUUAUGUGGCGUGAACAACGAGAAGAAUUCAAUAAAAUUGCAAAACGAAUUGUUAGAAAAACAUUAGGUCUGCCGUCAUAAUCAAAUUAGAACGGAAUCUAGACAGUUGAAUGCGGUGUUGAAUUUCGGGUAUUGAUUUCGUUGUCGUUUUGAUUUCAUUUCUUUCUUUUUUAAAUUUACACGCAAUUUAAUUAAAGG